GCCCUGGAUAAGAAUGACACGGCGAUCAUUCCAGAAGGACAGAUCCUGAUGAAACUCUUGGGACCUUCAGCAGAAGAACUCCUCACUCAAGGGCCAGAGACGGUUAAGUCAUGGAUAGUAAUGAUGACCCCGAUGAAGACAAUCUUACAAGUUAUGAUAUUCAGCUCAGUAUUCAAGAAUCCAUUGAAGCCAGCAAGACUGAAUUGUAUCCUGAAAGAUUUGUACCACUAAGUGAUCAAAACAGAAAACUUGUAGAGGCCAUAAAACAUGGCCACAUUCUUGAGCUCCAGGAGUAUGUGAAAUAUAAAUACGCAUUAGAUGAAGCGGAUGAAAGAGGAUGGUUUCCCCUGCAUGAAGCUGUUGUUCAGCCCAUUCAACAAAUACUCGAAAUUGUCCUGGAUGCAUCCUAUAAGACACUCUGGGAGUUCAAGACCGCUGAUGGAGAAACGCCGUUGACUUUGGCCGUCAAAGCUGGUCUGGUGGAAAACGUAAGAACUUUACUAGAAAAGGGAGUGUGGCCAAACACCAAAAACGACAAAGGAGAGACACCUCUUCUCAUUGCGGUAAGAGGGGGCUCCUGUGACAUGGUGUCUGCUCUGCUCAAGCAAGACAGCAGCCUGGACCAGCCCGGUGUCAAGCGCUGGUCGGCCAUGCACGAGGCAGCCAAGCAAGGCCGCAAAGACCUGGUAGCUCUGCUGCUGAGGCACGGCGGCAGCGUGCACCUGAGAGACGGCUUCGGAGUCACGCCGCUAGGGGUCGCUGCCGAGUACGGCCACUGCGACGUGUUGGAGCACCUCAUCCACAAAGGGGGUGACGUGUUUGCUUUGGCGGACGAUGGGGCGUCAGUGUUGUUUGAGGCGGCAGGAGGGGGCAAUCCUGACUGCAUCUCUCUCCUGCUGGAAUAUGGAGGAAGCGGAAAUGUGCCUAACAGAGCAGGGCACCUUCCUAUACACCGAGCUGCCUACGAGGGACAUUACCUUGCAUUGAAAUAUCUUAUCCCAGUAACAUCCACAAAUGCGAUCCGGAAAAGUGGGCUAACACCAAUUCACUCAGCAGCAGAUGGGCAAAAUUUCUGUGAGUUUAUUACAGUUCCUUGGAUGAAACACUUGGUAGGAAGCGUUAUUCGUGUAUUAAUAGAUUACAUGGAUUAUAUCCCUCUGUGUGAUAAACUGAAGUCUGCCCUGGAAGUACAGAGAGAAUGGCCAGAAAUCCGUCAAAUACUAGAGAAUCCUUGCUCAUUAAAGCAUUUGUGUCGGUUAAAAAUCCGAAGAAUUAUGGGACUCCAGCGACUCUGCCAGCCCGCCUCCAUAGAGAAGCUUCCUCUGCCACCAACCAUUCAAAGAUACAUAUUAUUUAAAGAGUAUGAUCUCUACGGACAAGAGCUAAAGCUGCCAUUUUAGAAUGUGAUUUUUAAAAAUAUUUCUUGGAAUCAUUUUACCUCCUUAACUGUGUUUAAGUCCAUUGACAAUUUUAUAACAGGAUCCUGUGUUCUUACGAGAACACCACAUUUCACAUCUUUAAAGACCUUAACAUUGUGAUUUUUUAAAAUUUUAAGUAUAGUUGAUAUACAAUAUGAUAUUGGUUAUAU